UUGCCAAAUACAGACUCAGAAUAGUUGAGCCACCGGAAUUGCCUUUGGAAAAAAAAUGCACUACUGAUGAAGACGACCCUGAUACUGAACCCAACCUAUGGAUGUGGGUGAACCCCAACAUCGUGUAUCCCCCUGGCAAGCUGGAGAUUGGAGAACUCAAGAAGGAGGAGGAUCUGCCAAGCAUGCUCCCCUCCCCUCAGCCACCCCUAAAGGAGGAAGAAACCAGCUUCCCAGAGGCCACAGGGGAGCAGUUGCUGCUGUCUUCCUCCUGCGAGCAGUCACCCACUCAGAAGCGGAAACGGAAGCGAUUUGCUGCUUCCCCCUGCACCUGGGAGCUCACAGAAGAGGAGGAGGCUGAGGACCAGGAUGACAGCUCCUCUGUGGCUCUCCCAUCCCCUCACACAAGGGCCCCCCUCCAGAAUCGGAGGCUUCGGCAAGCCAUCAGCCCAGAGGGGAGGCUCUGGUCCCGGCCCCCUCUCAAUUACUUCCACCUAAUUGCCCUGGCACUAAGAAACAGUCCCCCCUGUGGCCUCAACGUGCAGCAGAUCUACAGUUUCACUCGACAACACUUCCCCUUUUUCCGGACGGCUCCAGAAGGCUGGAAGAAUACUGUCCGUCACAAUCUCUGUUUCCGAGACAGCUUUGAAAAAGUGCCGGUCAGCAUGCAGGGUGAGGCCAGCACACGGCCUCGAUCCUGCCUCUGGAAGUUGACCGAGGAGGGACACCGCCGCUUUGCGGAGGAGGCCCGCGCAUUGGCUUCCACUCGGCUGGAAAGUAUCCAGCAGUGCAUGAGCCAGCCAGAUGUGAUGCCCUUCCUCUUUGACCUGUAA